AUGCCGCCUGGAGGUUGGCUAGUUCGUACUCGCACAUUUGAGUGCACGUGUGCCUUCUAUAAGAAGUUCCUAUCUUGCGCUCAUGUGAUAUGUGGUCGCAUGGCAUUGGGGCUCAGUGUACCGGGUGUUGAUUGGGUGGAAGUAGAUGCAUCGGCGACGAUUACACCAGUUUUGUUGGUCACUGUGGGAUUCAGGGAUCGGAGCCAUUUGGGCUUUCCGAUCUCGCUACCAAUGACUUUCAACCGCAAGGUGCAGCGGAAGUCAGUUCUCGUUUGGAAGGAAAAAUCGCGGAUGGCAAAACGCGUGUGCGUCCAGCGCACUGAAAAGGAGAAGAUCGCUAUAACAAGGGUAUGGAAGGCGCACCCCGAGUGGUCUUUGGAGGAUGCCGUCCGCGAGUUAUGCGUCAAGCCGACGUCACUAAGAGAUAUGAAAAGACAAUACUGGGAUCUAUCGGAUGAGGUGGUCGGCUCAGAGCGCAAGCGAAAAAAAGGAAGUGGGCCAAAGCGAAAGCUGAAGCCUUAUGAAGAUCGCGUCCUCGACUAUUUCGACAAUUUACGAGCAGAUGGCAGAGGCACGUUUGGCACCACCCAGCCUUCCCGACUGUUGCCGUCUACAGUCGAUUCUCUUGGGCUUUGCAAUAUUCCUGGACAGAGCAGUACUUCUACGUGCGAUCCAGAUCGCCCGCUGGAGUCGAAUCAAGAAUUUGAUGGCGCCGUUAAUGAAAUGGUGGAGGUGGACGAAGAUGCUCAUGGCCCCAACAUGCUCACAGAUCAAGAAGUUGCAACAGAAGAUGGAGAUGCUGGAACUAGCAGGGAACAAUACACUCGGAGACACAACUAUCACUAUAUUGCUGGAUAA